AUGACUUUGAAGGUCUUUGGACACAGAAUGUUUGAAAUAAAAAACCAUUCUGCCAUUACAGAAUUUAUUUUACUGGGUCUCACUGAUUCCCCUCAACUGCAGAUGUUUCUCUUCUGUGUGUUCGCCUUCAUCUAUGCCACAGCUCUAGCUGCUAAUAUUCUGCUCAUGUUUAUUAUAUGCAUUGUCAAGAAACUCCACACACCCAUGUACUUCCUCGUAUUCAAUUUGUCCUUAGUGAAUAUAUUGUCUAUCUCGGUUAUAACUCCUAGAUUACUCCACAGCCUUUUGACUAACAGAAAAGCAAUUUCAAUUCAUGGCUGCAUCACACAAAUAUAUUUCUUUAUAUGGACUUUGGGAACAGAAUUGUUCAUUCUCUCUUUUAUGGCUUUUGACCGCUAUGCUGCCAUCUGCCACCCUUUGCAAUAUACCAUUAUCAUGAGGAAAGAAGUAUGUGUUGGCAUAGCAAUCUUUGUAUGGAUUACUGGAAUGCUAAACACUUCAAUACAAGCUGUCCUUAUGCUGCAGCUUUCUUUCUGUGAUUCCAACAUCAUCAAUCAUUUCUUCUGUGACAUACCUCCAAUAUUAGAUCUUACAUGUUCAGACACCACUAUCAUUCAUGUUAGUGCAAUCAUCUCAGAUGUGUUGUUUGGGAUUGUUACUUGUGGCUUGACUCUAACAUCCUAUUUUUUUAUACUGAGGACUAUCUUCAGAAUACGUUCAACUGAAGGGAAGAAGAAAGCUUUCUCCACAUGUUCCUCACAUCUCUUUGUAAUUAGUUUUUACUUUUCCUCAGUCAUCUACACAUAUAUCAGGCCCCCUUCAUCUUCUCUAGACAAGGACAAGUUUAUUGCUCUUCUUUAUACAGUGGUAACUCCAGUUGUUAAUCCACUCAUCUAUUCUUUGAGGAACAAAGAUGUUAAAGAUGCACUGAAAAUGCUUACUGUAAAUCUUAAAAUGUUUCUUAGGCCUUAA